AUGCGCCGCCUGCACCUCGGCCGCGCUGCGCUGCGGCUCUUCUCCGCCUCCGCCGCUGCGGCGACGCCAACGGCACACAACUUCAGCUUCAGCGGCUGCGGGUUCCUGAUCCCGUACCACUUGGGCGUGGUGCAGGGGCUGCAAGACGCCGGCUACAUCCGACCCGAGUCCAAGUUCGCCGGUGCGUCCGGCGGCUCCAUCGCCGCGCUGAGUCUGGCUGCGAACGUCAGCAUGGAAGACAUCCACGAAGAGACCAAAGCCAUGGCCAGACUGUGUCACAGCGAAGGCACCGUCUGGAAGCUCGAGGAGCGACUGCGCACCAUCUUCCGCGUCAAGUUCGGGGACGUCCCCGUGGAGACGCUGGCCAAGAGGCUCACGAUCGCCACAGAGAAGAUGUGGCCCCAGCGAGCGAUGGUACUCACCGACGACUUCCACUCGCCGGAAGAUCUGUGCGACGCGGUCAUCGCGUCGUGCUACGUGCCUUGGUACUUGGCCAACAGAGGCACGUCGGUGUUUCGGGGAGAGUAUCACGUCGACGGAGGCCUCUUCACGCUGGUGCCGGAAGUGCCGGGGUACACGAAAGUGUGCGCCUUCCACGCUGAAAUCUUGCGCCGCAACGACUACGAGAUCAGUCCGUCUAUUGACCCAGAGUUCCCGUUUAACAUCAUGCAGUUGGCUCGCUUCGCGCUGUUCCCACCGGAGGUCGAAGUGCUGGAUCAGCUCUUUGAGUUGGGCAAGAAGGCGUCGACCAUUUGGGCGGACAAGCAGGCGUCGGUUGUGCUGAAGGAUACCGAGAAGAAACAGCAGCAGACCGCACUAUGA